UAAAGAUGUGACGCUCCGCCAGAGUGAGCCCGAGCUGCACGACACAGUGAAGAAGUUUCAAGAUGUGUGGACCAUGCCUGUAGUCCACCCAUAGGGAACCUGGUUAGUGGCAGGACCCUCCUCACCCUCUCAAGCUGCUGUGGGAACAGCUCCUUCCAGCACAGCCCUUGCCCCCAUCCUCCUGUGACCCCGCACCUCUGCCUCGAUGACACCCACCCUUCAGCUCAUAUGACUGACGACCCUUUCUUGUAUCCGGAUACCUGGUGGGCAUCAGGUGCAGGUACCACCAUGAAGGGGCAGCAGGAUGAGAUCCGCCUGGACCUGGAAACACAGUUCUGUCUGUCCCAUGUGAUUUUGGUGUUCAGGUCACCCCGGCCUGCUGCCAUGAUCAUCGAACGUUCAGCUGACUUUGGAAAGACCUGGGAGGCUCUUAAGCUCUUCGCACACAAUUGCAGCUUGGAGUUUGGUUUGCCUGAUGAUUUUACGCAGCCAGCCUCUUUGUGUACAUCCCGUUAUACCAGUGCUACACCCUGCAGUGGGGGGGAGGUAAUAUUACGGACACUUGACCCCAGCAGUGCUAAAACACUGGACCUUUACAGUCCGGAGGCUCUCGCCCGCCUCACCCUCACAAACCUCCGCAUCAGACUGCUAAAAGCUCAGACUUGUCCGGCACCUCUAAAUCCCCUUGCAGAAUGGAGAAACCCCCAAGCCUCAGCUCUGACCUCCACAUCCACCACAGAAAGCCCAGCCUCAGCACCUUAUGCUAUUUAUACUUUACUGGCCAGAGGGACCUGCCUGUGCUAUGGACAUGCUGAGUACUGUGUACCAUACAACAGCAGCCAAGACACAAGAUGGGACAGUAACAUGGUGUCUGGUAGGUGUCUAUGUACUCACCACACAGCAGGGGAUCACUGUGAGAAGUGUGCCCCGCUCUACAAUGAUCGUCCCUGGCGACCUGCCAACAGCAGCAGUGGGGAGUCCAACACAUGCCAGAAGUGCCAGUGCCACGGUCACGCAAAUAGCUGUCACUUCUCUCAGCGGGCGUGGCUUUCCUCUGGUGGCACCAGUGGCGGAGUCUGUGAUGACUGCAGACACAACACUGUUGGGCGCAGGUGCCAGCGCUGCCGCCACGGGUACCACCGCCACCCAUCCCUGCCCCUCAACUCGUCCCAAGCCUGCACACGCUGCUGGUGUGACCCGCAGGGCUCUUUACCUCCUCGUCCUGGAGUGGAGGGACUCUGGUGCCACCCUAGAAGCGGGCAGUGUCAAUGUAGAUCUGGUGUAGGGGGCACAAGCUGCAGCCACUGCCUGCCUGGCUAUUGGGGUUUUGGAGAGGAGGGCUGUAAACCCUGUGCCUGCCCUCACAGCUGUCAUCCAACUACCGGGGAGUGUCUGGACAGCUACUCAAAUAAUCAGGUGUUCAAUGUGCCCAUUGGUGGAAAAAUCCCUGACCUGGAUCACAUGUUCACAAUUGAAGAAGAGGUGCAGUGGUCCAAGGAGCUUGCAGUCUCUGCUCUGCAUUCCACAGGGAAGUGUAGCUGUAAGGAGAAAAAGCUGAGGAGUGUGUCUGACCUCUGUAAGACCAAACAUGAUUAUGUGAUCAAGGCAAGUGUGCUGUCUGCUCAUGACAAAGGCAGCCACGCUGAAGUCCAGGUCAAAGUUCGCAAGGUCCUUCGAUCAGGCCAAGUGGCGCUCUACUUGGGGACCAUCAGCAUCUAUCCUCUGUCUUGGACCAGCCGUGGCUGCACCUGUCCUAUUCUGAACCCAGGUAUGGAGUACCUCCUAGCAGGCCCAGAGGAGGCCGGGACAGGCCGUCUGCUGGUCACCAUGCAGAGUGUGGUGGUCCCAUGGACACCCCAACUAGGUCUACUUCUAUCAGAGGGCCUGAGGAAUGGAUGUCCAUGAACCAAAUGAUCGAAAAAGACACACCUCAGGGGAUUUCAGUCUGUGGACAAUUCAGUAAAGAGACUGCCAAUCACUGGAUAACAUGCUGUUUCCUCAGGAUGGAAUGAUCCAAGAGUCAAACUCAUAAGUCAAGGUCACAAAACUGAAGAAAGGUACUCACAGUGUGUGGGUUUGCACAAAAUAUAGACUGAAAUGAAUGAUUGGGUGUGGUCACAUAAAUAAUACGCACAUAAUAAACGGUCUGCAAGUGUGAUGUACCUGAUAUUAAAGGCCUUCUUUGCA